AAUGGGCGGGUUUGAAAGUACUUCAUUCCUAGUCUACUACAAUUGUGUCUUCAUCUUCUCACAUCUUGUUCUUGCCGUCGAGAAUGGCUGAUGCGCUUGUUUCCGCCAUCCUGCAGCAGCUAACCGAGAUCAUUCACCGAGAGGUAGAACAAGGAGUGAAACUACUCGGGAAUGUGGAGAGAGAAGUUGAACAGCUCACUAGCCUUUUUGAGGCUAUCCAAGCUGUUCUUGAAGAUGCAGAGAGAAGACAACUAAACGAGGUCACUGUAAAAAAUUGGUUAGCCAAGCUCAAAGGUGUUGCUUAUGAUAUGGAUGACAUUUUGGAUGAGUGGAGUACAGCAAUCUGGCAAAUGGAAAGCACUGAGAAGUCUCCGGCGGCUAGGAGGAACAAAGUAAGUUCUUUCUUGCCCUCUUGUUUCCAUUUCAAUCGGGUGAUGUUUCGGUAUGAUAUAGCCCUGAAGAUCAAAGAAGUUCGAUCUAGGAUGGAUGCAAUUGCUCAAGAGGCUGCAUUUUGCAAUUUUAGGCACAGUAAAGAACACGGGCAUAAGCAUAUUAUAGAGCCUGAGAGGCUAAGUACUUCUUUCGUUGAUGUAUCAAGGGUUUGUGGUAGAGAGCAGGAUAAGCAAAUUAUACUUAGAAAGUUGUUGCAUAAAGUAAACCAAGAAAAUGAAGGACUGCAAGUCAUCUCCGUAGUAGGGAUGGGAGGAGUUGGGAAGACGACUCUUGCUCAACUAGUUUACAACGAUGAUGAGGUGAAGCGUCAAUUUAAGAAGAGGAUAUGGGUAUGUGUCUCAGAAUUUUUUGAUCAAAUCAGGAUUGCAAAAGCAAUCCUUGAGACCCUUACUGGGGUUUCACCGAACUUAAAUGAAUUGCAAUCCCUUUUACAUGAUAUUUCAAAAUUCAAUUGGGAAAUGAAGUUCCUUCUUGUCCUUGAUGAUGUUUGGACUCAAGAUGGAUGGGAACCCCUUAAACUCUCCCUUGAGUGUGGUGCCCCAGCUGGGAGUAGAAUUUUGGUGACCAGUUGUAAAGAAACUGUUGCAAAGAAGAUGGAAUCCACCUACACGCACCACCUAAGAGAACUAGCUUUCGAUGAAUGUUGGUUGCUGUUUAGUAAGGUGGCAUUUUAUGGAAGAGGUAAGGAUGAAUGUGAGAAUUUGACAGAAAUGGGUAAAAAACUUGCAAAUAAAUGCAAGGGCUUGCCUUUUGCAGCAAAGACUCUAGGAGAUCUUAUGCAAUUGAAAAGGACUAGAGAUGAAUGGAGAAAUGUUUUAGCUAGUGAAUUAUGGGAACUAGAAGAGGUAGAAAGAGGUUUAUUUCCCUCUUUGCUAUUGUGCUACUAUGAUUUACCUGCUGCAGUAAGACGAUGUUUCUUGUAUUGCUCCAUAUUCCCAAAAGAUUUCGAGAUGGAGAAAGAUGAAUUGAUUAAGUUGUGGAUGGCUCAUGGUUAUCUUGGGGGAACAGAGAUGGAACUAGUUGGUAAAGGUUACUUCGAAAACUUAGUAGUUCAUUCUUUUUUCCAAGAUAUUAAAGAAACAGAAGAAAUGAUUGAUUUUGAAAUGAGAAGCGUUACAACAUUCAAGAUACAUGAUAUUGUUCAUGACUUUGUACAGUCUCUGACGAAGAAUGAAUGUUUUAGGUUGGUUGUCCUUGGCCCUGAAAAACCAAGGAUUGGGUCUUCAUAUGAAAAAGCUCUUCAUUUGAACUUGAUACUGGCUGAAGGGCUUCCUUUUCCUAUGUCUAUUUACAAAGCAAAAAAUCUGCGUAGCCUCUCUGUUAAAACCAGAAGCACUUUGAUUUGUGCUGAACUACCUGAUUUAUUCCUGCACUUGACGUGUCUAAGAUCUCUGGAUUUGAGUGAAUCUUCCAUUGCAGAAAUUCCAAGUGAAGUGGGAAAGUUGAUACAUUUGAGGUACCUCAACUUGUCUCAAAAUGUUGUUUUGAGGGUGUUGCCUGAGAAGUUAUGUAAUUUAUUUAAUCUACAAUGCCUUAAUCUUACCGCAUGUAGAUCUUUGACAAAAUUACCCCAGGGAAUGGGAAAGCUUACAAAUUUGAGACAUCUCCAAAUGAUUGGUUCAUGUGUAAGUUUCAUGCCAAUAGGAUUAGAGAGGUUAACUUCCCUUCGAACAUUAUCUUAUUUCAUUAUUUCUAUUGGUGAGGAUGAAACUAAAACAGCUAAUCUUGGAGAAUUAAAGAACUUAAACCAGCUUCAAGGCAAUCUUUUGAUAAAGAAUCUGGGAAAUGUAGUAGAUGCUGGUGAAGCUCUGAAUGCAGAUCUCAAGAAUAAGAAAAACCUCGGUGGUUUAUUUUUAGAUUUCUCUCGAGAGGAGAUAGGGCCACCAUUGAAUUAUGAUGAUUUGAUUAAAGCAUUACAAGCACCUUCAGACUUGGAAUAUUUACGCAUAGGUGCAUAUAAAGGGAUGUCACUCCCUAAUUGGAUGGUGUCUUUAUCGAAACUCAAGGAGCUUGAGAUCGUUGAUUGCAGCUGUGAAUUUUUGCCUUCUUUGGGAAGAUUAUCCUCCCUUGCAAAACUGACAAUGGAAAUUAGAGGCAUGAGAAGGUUUGAUGAUGGAUUUCUAGGAAUACCAAAAAUUACUAGUAACAGAGAGCUAAAGAAAGAUGAGGGGGAAAUGUCAUCAAUUACUGCCUUUCCGAAGUUGAAAGAAUUCACAAUUUGUUAUAUGAAAGAAUUGAAAAAAUGGGAUGGAAGGGAAAGGAGAAUAGGAGAAAAUGAUGCUUCAAUAAUAAUGCCACAACUUGAGUACUUGUGCAUUCUGGACUGUCCAUUGUUGAAGGCACUGCCGGACUACAUCUUGACAGCACCACUGAAGGACUUGAUUAUCUCGAAGUGUCCCAUUUUAGAAAAAUGUUACCAGAAGGGGACUGAUCAAUAUAGCCGCAAGAUUUCACACAUUCCAAACAUCAACAUAUACUAGCAUGAAAAUUAAGUGAUGCUUGCUUUCUUCAAAGGUCAAAGGAAGAAGCCAUGAAGCAAAAGAUUUAUAUUUCUCGUCCCGCUCAGCUUUUGCAUAAGUUGAAUGAAAAAUUGCAAUUAGGGCCUCUCAAUCUCUCUCUGCACAUUCCAUUGGCGUUGCAUCCUUGACCAUUGUUGUUCUUCUCAAUGUGGCUUGCUGUCUCUGCCACCUCUAGCGCUUUUGUAAUUUUCAGGUUAGAUUUCUCUACCUUCGUCCAUUAUUAGUUUUUCAAUGAAUCUGCUAUACUGGGCUUAAUUAAAAGUUAAUAUGUAGAGACCUUUUGUUGUUUUCAUAUAUCUUUUGGGGUUUUUGGGCGCUUGCUAACUGGUGCUUGCCUUUGAGUUGCUUCUUAUUAUUGUGGUAGAACGUUUUUCUUUAUGUAUGACAUGCGGAAUUAUACAGGAUUAUGUCAAAAACCAAAGCUACUGGAAUAGAAUUUCAAAAACCAUAGCUACAGGAAUAGGAAAAGGACCUAGGCUUAAACAAAUGGGUCAUUUGGGAUCAUGCAUGUUAAAAUAAAAGCCAUGGGCAACUUGCAGAGCAUACUGCUCGAAAAGAAUUGCUAUAUUUGAUUUGUCUUUAUCAUUUAACAAAUGGUAUUAGAGGCUAUUUGGUUUGUUUUAUAAAUUAAAUCUAUUUUAAGUAAUCAAGUUUAAAGUAUCUACCUAUUUUAAAACUACUAAAAUUAUUGUAUAUCCUAAUAUAUGUAUAUAAACAUUAUUUCGGUGUUUGGAUAGGCUACUAUUUUAAAUUUCUUAACAAUCUAUUAAAUCUGGAGAAUCCUAUAGACAAUAGUUGGAAGUUCUUUAGUUUUCAUCUUGUGGAAGGUGAUUUUCAGAAUCAAAUAAAACGUCUCAAGUUUUAAUAAAGAUAGUUCUGUUUGUGCACGUGCAGAUGCGCAUGUGUGUUAACCUUGCACAAUCUGCAGGUUUAUUAACAUGAAGAUAUCUGCAGGUUCAUGAACCUGCACGAUCUGCAGGUUUGUGCACCUGCAGAUAUUUUACUAAUGCUUAUAUUUAUAUAAAUAAGUUAUGAUAAAAAAGGGUACAAGUGUGUAUUGCUUUCUUACUAACUUAUAAGUUAGCAAUGAUGCUGCCAUUGCCAAUAAUUCUUUGUUUUUUUGAAUUAUAAAAUAUUAAAGCUUAUUUCAUUCCAAAUACUUAAUACAUGGGAUUCAGUAACAUCUAUUGAAAAGUCUCAAUCUUUUGGAGAGCCCUGGUCUAAAUUGUAGCUAUUGCUUGAGAUCCUAAUUUGAUCAUCUUGAAUCCCAUGGUAAACAGAAGCAAAAGACAUGAUGGUUAUGAGACUUGCAGAAUCAAAAGUCUCUGGAGGAAGAACUGAACCGGAAGCCAGGAAUGCCUCUAUAACUUGAGAAAUGACGAGAAUUAACAAAAAUAAUAUAUAUCUCUAUAAUAUUUACUAUUUCUUCUUUUGUUUAUUAGUCAUGCAAAUCACAUCAAUUAAGCCAUUUCCAAAUUCACUGAACUUAAAUGAACAUGAAUGUAAUAUUAAAACAGCAUAAAAUCCAUAUAACAUUUUCAUGUCAUAAAUGUCACCCUGACCCGCCACAGAACAGUACUUUCUUCCAAUAUCUUGGAGGAUCAAUUAGUUUUGGACCAGAACCCUUGAGUAUCUGGAGGAUAAGUGCAUGUAAGAAAAAGACAAACAACCAAAAUUAUUAGCCAAAAAGGGAAUUUAGCACAUCAUAAAACAGAUGCAACUAGUUGAAGGUCCAAUGAUACGCAUAAACUACUUGUGCAUUUAAUCUGCUCAUUAACAGUGUAAUUUAGCACAUCAUAAGUCAGCGUCUUUCUUUCUUUUUCAGUGAGAUUGCUGUGUAGCCAUUUUGGCUGCACGGUUGAGAAUAAACUAAAAGUAAAAAUCAAUAUACUGGAUUAAAAAAAUUGAAAAACUAAUGACAAUUGUACUAUAUUAUUAAGAGUGGUCUUCAAAUCGAAGCUUGAAACGUUAUGGGAGGACACGUUUAAUAAAAAAAAAAACACGAGUUAUUGGCAAUGGCAACAUCAAAGAUUUAACUGAUGAAGAACCUGGAGAGAGAGUUAUAAAAAGAUACAUGUGUGUAAGAAAUCAUGACAGCCUUUCCUGUAAUGCUAGGAAGAGAAGUCAAAAGAAGCAACUGGUGAAUGCUUAAGAUCACAGGCAUCUACAUAUUUCCCUUCAUUGUCAUAGUCACAAUCACAUGCUUCUGCAUUGAUAUCACCUGUACCACCAAUCCUAAAUGAGAUUAAUGAAUUAAAAUAGGAGUUCGCUUAAAUGAAGAUAGAGAAUGAGACGAUGCAGAUUGAAAUGCAAAAGCCGAAUGAGAUCGUAAGUCAGCUCGUGGCAAAGCGUUCAUCAGCUCCUCCAUUAGGUUCUUUUCGGUCUCAACAUGGAUCAUGAAAUCCUCCACCUGGUCCUUCGCGUCGUGGAGCAGAUGAUAAUAUUCAGAUGACGACUUUGAGUCUCUGGUUUGAUUGUAUUUAUAUUUAGCAUGAUACACUUGGUGACACUAUUCCUGUACUUGUUGAAAUAUUCAUUUAACGGCCAUUUAAUGAAAUUGCAUUAUUUU